ACACACACACACUCUCUCUCUCUCUCUGAACCAGCACGCGGAGAACAACAAUGAGGACGGCUAUGUUGAGAUCGAUCCAUUCUUCCCUUCAGAAAUCUUCAUCAUCUACUUUACUCCGACGGAGUUACUCGUCUGAGUCUGCUCCCGAGCGUAAAGUCGCCGUUUUGGGCGCCGCCGGCGGUAUUGGACAGCCGCUUGCACUCCUCAUGAAAUUAAACCCUCUCGUAUCUAGUCUCUCUCUAUACGAUAUCGCCGGAACUCCCGGUGUCGCUGCUGAUGUCAGCCACAUCAACACCAGAUCUGAGGUGGUUGGGUUCAUGGGUGAAGAAAACCUGGGAAAGGCAUUGGAAGGAGCUGAUGUUGUCAUCAUUCCUGCCGGUGUACCAAGGAAGCCAGGCAUGACACGUGAUGAUCUUUUCAACAUCAAUGCUGGCAUUGUUAAGGGUCUGUGCACAGCUAUUGCCAAGUACUGCCCUCAUGCACUGGUUAAUAUGAUCAGCAACCCUGUCAAUUCAACCGUGCCCAUUGCUUCUGAAGUCUUCAAGAAAGCGGGUACCUAUGAUGAGAAAAGGCUGUUCGGUGUUACCACACUUGACGUUGUCAGGGCAAAAACUUUCUAUGCUGGAAAGGCCAAAGUUCCAGUUGCUGGUGUCAACGUGCCUGUUGUUGGUGGCCAUGCUGGUGUCACCAUUCUUCCCUUGUUUUCUCAGGCUACACCACAAGCAAACAACUUAUCAGAUGAAGAAAUAGUUGCUCUAACAAAACGAACUCAAGAUGGUGGAACGGAGGUUGUGGAGGCAAAGGCUGGAAAGGGUUCUGCUACACUUUCAAUGGCUUAUGCUGGAGCAAUAUUUGCUGAUGCUUGUUUGAAAGGACUUAAUGGGGUCCCAGAUGUUGUGGAAUGCUCAUUUGUGCAAUCAAACGUAACUGAACUACCUUUCUUUGCAUCAAAGGUAAGACUGGGCAAAAAUGGUGUAGAAGAAGUCCUAGGACUUGGCUCACUUUCGGAUUACGAGAAACAAGGUUUGGAAGCCCUUAUGCCGGAGCUAAAAUCAUCUAUCGAGAAGGGAAUCAAGUUUGCCAACCAGAAUUAAAACACUCCCUUCCGCUUAUCAUCGUAAUUGAGUAAAAGAAACACCGUCACAGUUUUGCAUAUUUUGAUUAAACUUAUGUUGUACUCUUUUUCGAGUGUUGUUCAGGCGGCACACGCUAGGCAAUUACUAAUAAAGAGGGAAGCAGAAUCCUUGCCUUGCCUUGCUCUGCUCAACCAAAAACAGAGUGUUAGAUUGUUCUAUUCUCUCAGCAUUUUCAUUCUUGUCUAAAUGACUAUUUUUAAUCUAGUGAUUAAAUUUAAAUGGUGCCUUUUAAGUUACAGUGC